UAAAUAUCAAAACACCUAAGAUGGGUUCCUGAUGCUCACACCACAAAGAAGACGAAGAAAUAGCCGAUUUGACUGCAGCCUUAUCAAGCAACAAGAAUUUAUCCAAAGAGUUUAAGAACGACCUUGUUGCGGGCUUGAAGUAAGGAACAUAGGGAAGAGAUGGAGAGAAGAGAGAAGAUGUCCAAGGUGCUAAGGGAACAGCUGGAGAACGAGGAUAAGGAAGUCCAGGAGUUGUUUGGAUUUGGUGUAGAGGGAAAGGAAGAUAAGACUAAGGAGACUGAGGAGCAGAAGAAGGAGAAGGAAAAGAUGAGAGUCAAGUUUUUAGAGGAAUUUGGAGCUAUGGCUGAAGAGUUUGAGAAGCUAACGAAAUAAGUGAUAAGCAUGGUUUUUUAAUUUAAUUGAAUAAUUUUGAGAGCCCUGACUUGAAAAUUCAGUU